AUGACUUCGGCUAAGCGACGAGGACAAGGACAUGGAGGAUGCCGAGCCCGCGGGUCUGCACGUGCGCAUCGAGAACGCCCGGAGCGCGCGGCGGCCUUCGAGGCGCUGGAGCAGAUGCUGGCGCUGCAGAGCGAGCAGACGGACCGGACCUUCAAGGUGUUCAAGUGCAUCGUCAAGCUCGCUGUUGCCGUCGUCGCCGCUCUCGUAGUCGCCGCUGCUCUUGGCCAGCGUCGCGUAGGGCGCGGCGGCCUCCGUAAAGCUGCUGUUUUAGCGACGACACGACGAGGCCUGCGCCGCUAG